AUGGAGUUAAGUUGUAUUGUUGUCAAGCUAACUGUCUUUUUUUUGGGUGAGAGCAGGCGUUGGGAUAUCUGGAUAUGUUUAGAUGUUCUUGGACACUGGUUAGAUUUAAUGAACAUUAAUGGAUGGAUUCCACGGGAACAAAUUUUGGGUUCUGAAGCUCUAAGUCAGGCCUCAGAGGAAUUUGUUGUUCAGUAUCCAACUAAUGGAAACCCCCUCACCCUAUUUUUGGUUAUUCACAGUGAUUGCAAAUGUGGGAUGAAAACGUUGCCAUUUCCAGAUCUACUUGACGGGAUGGAGAAAGAGAAGUUCACUGCCACUGAAAGCAAUGAGAUCACUUCCUUCUUAGAACUGGCUUUUGUUCGCUUGGAAGAUUGGUUCCAGUGGUUCAACACGAUGCAGAAACGUAACUUAAAAGGUGAUUACCGGGAAAGAGAUGAGCAGCUAUCAUUGGCAUGGGAGAGACAACAAAGCAGUUCGGGAACUAAAUCCAAAGGUUUUGAGCUUACAGUUUUCUACUUUCCCAAAACAUUGAAAAGUACAAAUAAGUCCUUAAACUAUGGUGGUGAUAAUGGUGACAGUUGA